AUGACACAAAUGAGACAUCCACGUAUUGCACAAAUUUAUGAUGCAUUUUCAACACCAGAAAAUGAUAUUGUAUUGGUAAUGGAAGUUGUACCUGGUGGAGAGUUGUUUGAUCGAGUGGUACAGGAAAACUAUAUUUUAACCGAAAUGGCUGUUGUAAUGAUCAUUUGUCAGCUAUGCGAAGCAGUUGAAUAUAUACAUAGCAAACAUAUUGUACAUUUAGAUAUCAAACCUGAGAACAUUAUGUGUGUAUCUCAAACCAGUAAUCGGAUAAAGCUAAUCGACUUUGGAUUAGCACAGUACUACGAUGGUACGUCAAAUUUACUGUUUAUGGCCGGUACACCGGAAUUUGUGGCACCUGAAGUAAUCAAAUUUGAACCAAUUGAUUUCCAUACAGAUAUGUGGAGUAUUGGUGUAAUUACCUAUAUUCUGUAA